AUGUCCAAUGAUGAUUUCUUGGAAAAUAAAGAUGAUCUUUUUGUACAAAAACGUGUUCCUCAUGAUGAUUUACAUGAACGUGUUAAAUAUGGUGAUCAUCCAAUUCAUCAAGGUUUAAAGGAUGACCAGUCUAAAGCAUGGAUAAAAAAAUCACUUUUUGAAAAACUUGACUAUCAAACAAAAAUUAAUUGUGUAAAAGAAGAAGCAAUGGCUAUUGCACUUGAAAGAUAUCUCAUUCCAAUGAUCUCCAAAGAUCAAGAAAAUUCUAAUAAAUUGGCACUUGCUAGGAUCUGUACUACAUUAACUAGAGGCUGGUUUCGUCAAUUUGCAAUUGAUAAUCAUCCUAAAUUUUCAAAUCUUGAUAAAGAUUUAUUGUCAAUUGCUAAUGAUAUAAUUGAGAAAUUUCCUAUAAAACAAAAAAGGCCAGAUAUAAUAGAACAUGAUCCAGAAAUUCAAGCUAUUUUUGAGUCUAUUCGUCCAUAUACCAAAACAAUUUCUUCCUUUAAUAAAAUUAGGGGUUAUGAUUCUUACACUGAAAGUGAAAGAACUGGAAUUAAGAUUACUUCUCCUGUAAAUAGUGAUGUAUCGGUAACAGCUAUUAUUACAAUUAUGCAUAUGUUUAAUAAUGAAGUUUGCAAUCCAUAUGCUAGAUGGACAGCAUCUGUUGUAAUCUUACCUACUAAUGACUUGGAAAUCUUAAGUGAUAAUAAUGAAGAUAAAGACAGGCGUGAUGAUGAUGAUGAAGACAGUAGUGAUGAUGAAGAUAAAGACAGGCGUGAUGAUGAAGAUGAAGACAGAGAUUCGUUUGACAUGGAUUAUGUGGAUUUUUCAUUUAAAGAUCCAUUGAAAAUUCAUCCUUAUUAUGCGAGUUACGAGAGAAAAUUUUCAAAACUUACCUCUAAGCAUACAUUUGUACUUGGAAUUGCUGCAAAUAAUGGUGGCGGUAGCUGGAGAGGACGAGAUAUUUGGGAACCAAUACACAUUAAAGUUAAAUCAGCUGAUUAUGUUGCUAGUUUACUUGAGAUCCCUGAACUUACUGGUGAUUUAUUAUUUAAAUAUGUGUUAGAUUGUUUGAAACCAACUUUAAUAAAUAAUGGGGAUACACCACUUAAGCAUUGGAUUAAUAAAUUGAAAGAGAGAACUAGAUUGGUUAUCAAUGAAAUUAUAAUAAAGUAA